AUGUCUAGCGGAACUCCAGCAGCCGCCCCGGUUGCCCAACCGGUCGCCGCGACUGCACCUACGAAGCACCUCGGCAUGCGCAAAAAUGUCCUAGGCAAGCAAUGGCAUGAGCCCAAAAAGGCGUUCCGCCCGGGCUCCGGCCUCACCUCCUACGAAAAGCGCAACAAGGAACGCAUCGCGCGCGCCACCAUGAAGGCCAAGGAGAAGGAGCUCAAGGACGAGAAGGAGGCUGCCCGCCAGGCACGCAUCAAGGCCAUCCGCGACAAGAAGGCCGCCAAGGAGGAGAAGGAGCGGUACGAGAAGCUGGCCGAGAAGAUGCACAAGAAGCGUGUCGAGCGGCUAAAGCGCAAGGAAAAGCGGAACAAGCUGUUGCACACGUGA